UUUCCUUUGAAGUCCAAACGCCUCUUAAGUUUCUCUAUUCUUUCCACUCCCAUUGGGGGGUUUAGUUUAACUUUACUUUCUAACAAACGCAUUUCUUUUGCCACAACUUUGUAAUAACGCCAAAAACAUCAUCUUCUCCUCACAAACCCUUUUGCUCAUUCUUCACCUUUCUUUCUCUUUCACUUUCACUCCACUCACCCUUUUCUGCACAAGUGCUUAACAACAUGUACUCUUUUUAUACGCUGAAUUGUGGUGAUUAAGAACAAAAAAAGUGAUUCUGUAAAAUGGGUUCUUGUUCUUCUGUUCAUCGAGACUCUGUUUGUUCUAAAACUGUUGAUAAGCUUGUGAUUCUUCCAUCACCUAUCAAAGAUAAUAAACCCAAAAAUGAUAACUUUAUCAUCCAUGAUCAUGUUGCUGUUAAGCCUCGGUUGUCACCUUCUCCAUCAACCAACACUUUCAAUGGUAGCAAAGAGGAAGCAUUUUUUGAUUCCAAGGGAUGGUUAGACUCAGACUGUGAAGAUGAUUUCUAUAGUGUCAAUGGCGAUUUCACCCCAUCUCGUGGAACCACUCCAGUGCACCACUCUUUUGGGACUCCUGCCAUCAACAAAAACCUUUCUCAUCAUGUAGCUCCUGAACCAUCUCCAAAGAAGAAGAAUUUGUUGGAACUUUUUAGAGAAAGUGUCAGAGAAAACCAAAAUGAUGAAUUUGGAAAAAUUUCCAACAAUGAAGAGAAAGAAGUUAAACCAAUUGUUAUACAUGAUGUUCAUACUAAAUCUGCACAAAGCACUCCUUAUAUCUCAGGUGGUAACUCUACAUGUAGCAGUAUUGAAAGAACCAUGAAUGAUGAAAACGAAUCCGUUAAACCUAUGCAGUGUUGCCUUCCAAGCUUGGCUUCAUGUCGUAGCUUUAGUGAAAGAAGGAGGAAAGCUAGUCUCGCUAUCGCAGCAAGUGGAAAAGUUUGACUUGUAGUGCAAUCUAUCUGUGUAUUUGUAAAACAUGUUGGAAGAUAAAGCUUUCAAUGAAUUGAAUAUGAUAAUGUACAAUCUUUAUCAUGUUCUUGUAAAGAGCUAAAUAGCUAUAUGAACUUUAAAGAAAGGGAUGUUAUGUCAAUAAGCAAUGAGAUUUUGUUUCAUUAUCAGGGGAUAA